AAUGCUGACUCCAAGUUAUGUUAAACAAUUUCUCUUUCUCUCUGGUACUCAUUUAUUACUCUGUUUCUCUGUGUCUCCUCAUUUUCUCAUGGAUUCUUUUGGUCUCUUCUGUACUGGGGCUCUUCUUGCUUGCGGUCUUUAUUGGUUCGUUUGCCUUUUAGGGCCGGCCGAGCAAAAGGGCAAGCGAGCCGUCCAUCUCUCCGGCGGUUCUAUCUCCGCCGAGAAAGUACAAGACAACUACAAGCAGUAUUGGUCUUUCUUCCGGCAACCAAAGGAGAUUGAAACCGCCGACAAGGUUCCAGACUUUGUCGAUACUUUCUACAACUUAGUCACCGAUAUUUACGAAUGGGGGUGGGGCCAAUCCUUCCACUUCUCCCCUUCCAUCCGUGGGAAAUCUCACAGGGACGCGACGCGCCUCCACGAGGAGAUGGCCGUUGAUCUCAUCCAAGUCAAGUCGGGAGACCGAAUCCUGGACGUCGGGUGUGGUGUGGGUGGGCCUAUGCGUGCUAUCGCGGCUCACUCGCGGGCCAACGUCGUUGGCAUCACCAUCAACGAGUACCAAGUGAACCGUGCUCGCCUUCACAACAAGAAAGCCGGGCUAGAUUCGUUCUGCGAAGUCGUCUGCGGCAACUUCCUGGAGAUGCCGUUCAAGGACAACAGCUUCGAUGGCGCGUACUCGAUAGAGGCGACGUGUCACGCGCCGAAGUUAGAAGAUGUGUACGCGGAGGUGUUCCGAGCGCUGAAACCGGGAUCUCUAUACGUGUCAUACGAGUGGGUCACGACAGACAAGUACAGAGCUGAUAACCCUGAGCACGUGGAGGUCAUCCAAGGCAUUGAAAGAGGUGAUGCUUUGCCUGGUCUCAGGAGCUACAAGGACAUUGCCGAUAUCGCUAAAAAGGUAGGGUUUGAGGUUGUGAAAGAGAAAGAUCUAGCCAAGCCACCCGCCUUACCCUGGUGGACCAGGCUUCAGAUGGGGAGAAUCGCCUACUGGAGGAACCAUGUUCUCGUCACCGUCCUAGCUGCCAUAGGGAUAGCUCCUAAAGGAACCGUUGAUGUUCACGAUAUGCUGUUCAAGACCGCUGAUUAUUUGACCAGAGGCGGCGAUUCUGGAAUCUUUUCUCCCAUGCACAUGAUUCUCCUAAGAAAACCCCAACUUCCACCUUCCAAAUCUUAGCCUUUUCUUUCAGGUAAUUGCACCAUUGUCUUCAGGUUCCAUCUUCUUUUACCUGUAGCUUCUCUAGAAAA